GCUGAGAUUAUAGGUGUGAGCCCUGUGCCUGGCCAGGUCUGGGAUUUUAAUAAGAGUCAGAGCAAGGGUGACACAGGAAGGGACAGCUUUUCAACACAGAAAUGGAAGAGUGCCAGAGGUGUCCAGAUAUGCAUGCAAUUCCAGGUAGCUGAAGAUGAAGCAAGAAAAACAGCCAAGUAGGGAGGCCUUCAAAGUGGGGCUGAGAGUUGCUCCUGCCAUUCAGUGCCAUUGGAGGUCUAGGAUGGCAUGUUCUCAUUGCAUUUGGUAAGUGCCCUCUGAAUGCCAUGUGUAGACUGGCAUGUGGUGACGCUUGGAGGGGGAAUAUAAGGUGGUGUCGGAGGCGGUGGACGUGGUACAGAGUAUGUGCAUAUUCUAGUGAGUGUAAACAGAUGGCCCCAGGACCUUGUAUUGGGGGCUUAAGGGACAACACUGAUACAAAUUUGAUUGUAUUUGGGAAACACAAUCUGGGGGACUCAAGGCCAGUUGUCUGGCAAGAGAAGAGUAGGACUCUGCAUACCAUGCCCAGAGCUGAGAUGGACUCUUAUCUGCCUACCUGCCUGUCGUUGCUCAAUGGGACCAUGAGGAAAGAGUGGGCGUAAGUGGCUCUGGGGCGGGGUCUUUCCUCUGAGAUGGGGAUUAGGGAAGAGGGUGAGCAGGGGUGUAUAUUUGGAGAGAUGUCUAAAGUCCCCAUUAAGGAGACCACAUAUAAACUCAACUCUCUCCAUCUUAGCAGGGCUAUGUGGCCUUUGAGGACGUGGCUGUCUACUUCUCCCAGGAGGAAUGGAGAUUGCUUGAUGAGGCUCAGAGGCUCCUCUACCGCAAUGUGAUGCUGGAGAACUUUUCACUUAUGGCCUCUCUGGGACUUGCAUCUUCCAAGACCCAUGAAAUAACCCAGCUGGAGUCAUGGGAAGAGUCCUUCAUGCCUGCUUGGGAAGUUAUGACUUCAGCCAUACCAAGAGGUUGUUGGCAUGGAGUGGAGGCCAAGGAGGCUCCUAAGCAGAGUGCUUCUGUAGGAGCGCCUGGUUCAAAUGUUCAGCAACACCAGAAGCAGCACUGUGGAGAGGAACCCUUAAAAAGAGAAGAGGGCAGGAUCCCAGUUUUGAGAAGUUGCAGAAUCCACCUGUCAGAGAAGUCCUUGCAAAGCAGGGAGGUUGGGAAGGACCUUCCAACCAGCUCAGGUCUUCUUAAGCACCAGAUGACUCACAGGGGAGAGGAGUCACAUAGGACUACCAAAAGUAGGGAGGCCUUUCAUGCUGGAAAAAGGCUUUACAAAUGCAGUGAAUGUGGGAAAGCCUUUGGUCAGAAAUAUUUACUUGUUCAGCACCAGAGACUACAUACUGGGGAAAAGCCUUAUGAAUGCAGUGAAUGUGGGAAGUUAUUUAGCCAUAAGUCCAACCUUUUUAUACACCAAAUAGUUCACACUGGAGAAAGGCCUUAUGGCUGUAGUGACUGUGGGAAAUCCUUUAGCCGUAACGCUGACCUCAUUCAACACCAGAGAGUUCACACUGGAGAAAAGCCGUUUACAUGCAGUGAAUGUGGAAAGGCUUUCAGGCAUAAUUCCACACUUGUUCAGCAUCACAGAAUCCACACUGGAGUAAGGCCUUAUGAGUGCAGUGAAUGUGGGAAAUUGUUUAGUUUCAACUCCAGCCUCAUGAAACAUCAGAGAGUUCACACUGGAGAAAGACCUUAUAAGUGCAGUGAAUGUGGAAAAUUCUAUAGCCACAAAUCCAGCCUUAUCAAUCAUUGGCGUGUUCACACUGGAGAAAGACCUUAUGAGUGCAGUGAAUGUGGGAAAUUUUUUAGCCAAAGCUCAAGCCUCAUGCAACAUCGAAAAGUUCACACUGGAGAAAAGCCUUUUAAGUGCAAUGAAUGUGGGAGAUUCUUUAGUGAGAAUUCCAGCCUUGUUAAACAUCAGAGGAUUCACACUGGAGCAAGGCCUUAUGAGUGCAGGGAAUGUGGGAAAUUUUUUCGCCACAGCUCCAGUCUUGUUAAACAUCGAAGGAUUCACACUGGGAAAUGCAGUGAUUGUGGGAAGUCCUUUAGCCAGCAUUUCAACCUCGUUCAACACCAGAAAGUUCACCUUGGAAAAAUGUCUUGAAGGUAACAAAUGGAAAUCCAUUAGGCACAUCUCCAAUCUCAUUCAACAUUGGACAGUUCACAGAGUAGGCAAUUUAGUGAAUGUGGAAAAAGGCUUUAGCUAAAGGCCUAACUCUAGUCAACACCAGAAAGUUUAGACUGGAGAAGGCCUUAGGGUGGCAGGUUAUAUACUGUUUCUGAAUCAAUAUGACCUGAUUUAAAACAAACUUUGAGAAUGGCCUUUAUGAGGGAGCUGGCAAUUGAACAUCAUUCAUCUAAAUAUGCAUCCUGGAGGCAGGAUGAGAAUUCGUGACAGAUUGCCCCUCCUGAGAAGACAGCCCUUUGCCUGGGAGCUCCAGGGAGAGGGAGCCCUGUAUUCCUGGCUGCACCCAGUCUGGAAUGGAGUUUUAAUCUCGCUGAGUUUGGAGGUGGGGGAGGGAAGGAGUAGUCUUGGUUCAUGUGGGACUGACUUUUGCUGUUCUUAUGAAUAUUAGAUCUUUUUUAAUAUUUAUUUGCCGUAUACCCUUGUGACCAUU